CUUGCUUCCUGACAAGCACUGCCAAAGGACUAGAAGGCGCAGCACAUCUCAAGUUUUCAUUACUCGACGGGGGCCUGGAAGAAGAAAGAGACAGGAGAGGAAAAGGAAAAAAAACCCUAAACUUUAGCCCAGGUGUUGUGACAAUCUGGAGCUUUGUAUUGCAGCCUGUAGCUCCUGCAGUAUGGCCUCCACCAGGGAAUAAGAGGGGUUGCCUGGGGCCAGGCUUUGGGUGACAGAAGAGAAACGCCCAUCGAGCCAAGCUGCUUUGUCUUUUCUUCUCGUUAUAGUUGACAGGAUUUUUUAAUCAUCAGUCUAAAGUUAGAAUACUACAUCGGAUCGAAGUGGAUGAAAGUUAGAAAGCAGGCGGAAGUUGGGGCUCAAGUUGGACAAAGAGUUCAGUGAGGGUGCAGUCGGACAGGUGUUGUGUCGCUGGCCGGACUUGUCCCGGCCCGACCCGGCCUGGCUCGUUGGCGCAGUGCUGGGCAAUGACAGACAGUGGUCUCCCAAGAUGUUGACUCUGGAUGGCUUGGAGAUGAUCGCCGUGCUGGUGGUCAUGGGUCUCUUCAUCAAAGUCCUGGAGCAGUUUGGGAUGUUCGAGCCUGUUGGAGGGGAAGACAGCGUGGAAGAUGACUUUGAGUUAUCCACUGUGUGUCAUCGCCCUGAGAGCAUGGACAAGCUGCAGGAGCAGACUAAGUUCACCAAGAAGGAGCUCCAAGUCCUCUACAGGGGCUUCAAAAAUGAGUGUCCGAGUGGUGUGGUGAAUGAGGAGAACUUUAAGACCAUUUACUCCCAGUUCUUUCCGCAGGGAGAUUCAAGUAUGUAUGCACAUUUCCUGUUUGAAGCCUUCGACACUAACAAGAACGGCUCAGUUAGUUUCGAGGACUUUGUAUUUGGCCUGUCUAUCAUCCUGAGAGGGACCAUUAAUGACCGGUUAAACUGGGCGUUCAACCUGUAUGACCUGAACAAAGAUGGCUGUAUCACCAAAGAGGAGAUGUUGGACAUCAUGAGGUCCAUCUAUGACAUGAUGGGGAAGUACACAUACCCCACUAUGCAGGACGAUGCUCCAAGAGAACAUGUGGAGAGCUUCUUCCAGAAAAUGGACCGGAAUAAAGACGGCGUGGUCACCAUAGAAGAGUUCAUUGAGUCAUGCAAAAAGGAUGAGAACAUCAUGCAGUCCAUGCAGCUGUUUGACAACGUCAUCUAAGAAUCUGGACCAGAGAGUAUGCUGGCACCAGGGAGGGGAGUGUGUGUGUAAGACGAACCGGGAUUGAAAAGAGAGAAAGAGUAUGUGAUUGUGUGUGUGUGUGUGUGGCCGUCUUCUGACUUGCAAGCUUGUGCUUGUGUGUCUGUUGAAAGCUGUGAGUCCUGAGGGCACCGAGAGGCCCUCUCCCUCUUCCUGGACCCCCAGUGACAUUUCUCCAAGCGACAAUGGAGUUUCCCCCGACUCCCUUCCUCAUCAUGCAGAACCUUAGUUUUACCCCAGAGGCACAGAGAAAGAAGGCAAGCAGCGGGCUCACAGGCACCGGCACACGCAAGACCCCCCACCUGUUUUAUUUAUUACUAUUACUGAUGGAGGAACUAUCGCAGCCUGUAAUGCCUGAACUCAGAGGGAGGAAGUUUCCCUGAAACCUUGAUCUAAGAUCACUUUUACCCCUUUCUCCUGUGAUGGCUGAGAUUUGGAUUUGUGAUUCUGAUCCUGCCUCUGUGCAUGUGGGUAGCACCUCCCCUGGAGCCUAGACUGCUCACGCACCGGCCAUAAAAAUAGAAAUGAAUCUACCACCAUCUUGUGGACGAGAGAGAGAAGGACACUCCCGGAGGAAACAACUGACAAAUCGGAGAUCCAAGCGAACCCGCUUUUCAGAUGGAGGUUCAAACGUGUUGUUUUCCAUGAGGAACUGAUUACAAUAUCGCAUGAUGUCACUAAUAUCCAAUUAUGUAUUUACAGAGAUACUCCAAAGUCUGCUUGUCUGUCUGCUGUUCCUAGUCAUUCACAGGUGCCUCACCCUUUGUGUAUGUGUGUGCGCAUGUGUAUCAGAGAGAGAUGUCAUCCAUCUUACCUGUGUAAGACUCUAAUGGGACAACACCCACCUCCAUUCAUGGGAUUUUGGUAGAAUAAUUCAGAGCCUUCCAAACUAUUACAGUCUUAGCUGUAGGUGUCUAUUGACUGUUGUACAUUUUCUAGCACUCCCAGUGGUGUGAUAUUAGGCAGUACAUCAUGGGGACUGCGCUGUACUUGACGAGUUGUUUUGACCAUCCCAACUUCUCUCAACACAGGACUCGCAUACCAACGUUGUACUAGUCUACCAAUACACAUCCAAAGGGGAAUUUAUUAGAUUGCAGAUUGUACUUGUGAACUUCUUGUAAUCGGAAAUGUCAUGUGGUUGUAGCAGGUUCUACCACACAAAUUUCAAAACCCUUGUUGCAUUGAAUUAGGCUCAUCCAAUUUCAAAGAGGCAUAGUAUGUGUGUGUGUGUACUGUUAGUGAGAGCGACAUGGUUUAUUCGUUGUUUUUUUUAAUGUGCCCCCUUAUUCUGUAUUCUCCCUCUUUCUGUAACACCAAAGAGAAGAUAUAAAUUAAAGAGGUACAUAAAGCCACUCUAGGUUAAGACAUGAAGCCCACCUGUGGGUGAAGAGAGAGGGAGAUGCUGUCUAGUAAGCGGGGCAAGGGGCAAUCAGAGAUAAAGGGAUGUAAUUUGGUGGAUUGGUAAUGUGGUUUAUCUGCACAUUGUCCAAACUGAAGUGUUCAUAUUGUAAACCCACAUCAUUUGAAAGACAUUCAAAUUAUUUGCAGCCACUGGUUAAUUAGCUUCUUUUCAAACUGGACUCUCAAAUCCAAGAUGGCGUAAGAAACAGAGACACUCGAGCCGUAAUUACAUAGAAUAUAGUGUCUUUAAAAUGCAGAGAGACUGCAUGGAAUAGCAAUAAUGUUCUCCACCAUGUAUCGGCACAUUCCCACUCAUCCAACCUGUCAGAGCACAGUACAAGGGUGCACUAUGGCCCUGAUGAAUAUAUGCACUUCCAACCCUGCAGUUAUUUUCUAUUGCUUUUUUUUUUUUU